AUGUUGAAGCUCCUCACUACAGACUUCCCCUCAUCAUUCUUCAAACAAAGCUCAAAAUGCUUAUCCACAUCGUAUGAAAACCCAUACAACCCCAAGUACAAAAAUCUACUCGUAUUGAGAAACGUUUUUUUAUGGUUGGCAUUGAUAAACAUAGUGAAUUAUUGUAUCACUAUCCACUACAACUUUGGACGAGUUGAUAUCGUUCGUGUUCUAUCUGAAACAAAUGAAUAUUCAGCUCCUCUUAGUUACCUGGCAACAGAUUUUGAAAACAUAUUGGUCGGAAUUUAUUUGAGAAAUGAGGAAGUUUACUCUAAAAACAUUGAGUACACCACCAUCAUCGCUGAUGUUUUCUUUAAUGUAAAUGGACAUGAAGUUUCAUUGAUCUUGGAGGAAGGGUUUCACGAAUUGGCAUAUUUUGAAGGUAUAAGCACCAAGAAGGUUGAAUCAGUCAUUAAAGGAAAUUUACCACUUGUACCUGUUUUGUUUCACAUAAGCAAAGUAAAGAGAGUAAUAUCAGAUGUAUUAGAGGUGUACUUGCAAAGGCUAUAUGGUGCCCCUAAAGCUUUUUAUUGGAAAACAAGAAUUACUGUUGCCUUCAUAUUAUUGCUGAUUUUCAAACUGAUCAUACUCAUCAAUUCAAUUUUCCUUAUGAUUAGUUAUAUUGCAUUGUACUACUCACUGGAUACUUUAUCCUGGCACUAUAUCAAAUUGGGAAUGCUUUAUAUCUUAAACUUGGUGAACUUAGCACUGUGUUUAGGGAUUCUAAUCACCUGGUCCCAGCUCAAUUCUAACAAGGAUUAUCAAUUGGUAUUUCUUGUCAUAGAAUUCAUACUCGUUAUGGGAUUCAACCUUGUUCUCUUCCAAAGUCAUCAAGCGAUUAUGAGUAAUCCAGUCGCCGUUACUUAUAGUACACUGUCUUCAGUUUAUUCAACCGGUGAAGAGCAAAAGACUUCAACUGUCAACAAACCCAAUAGCUCUCCCUCAACAGGAGAAGGACUAACCGGGAAGACAGUCACUAGGACAUUUAUUCCGCCAAACGAAAUAACAGAGCAAGUUUACGAUCAGCAAAAAAAUACAACACGAUGUUUCACGGCUCCAAUCAAAAGCUCCGUCAAGUGGCAAUAA